GUUACUAGCGCCAGCUGUCAGUGGAAGCUAGCCUCAGUGCUAUCUUUGCUAGCGAUUUCUCCUUUAGAUUUGAAUGAAUUUUUGACAUUUUCGCGUCCCUGUUGUUCCUAUUUCCGACUUUAGAUACAAACUAAGAUCGGCUACAAAGAUGUGCGGAUCUUCAAUUGAUUCCCAGCGUCUCGUGUGGUUUUGUUGAGUGCUGUUCAGAACCGCGGUAGCUGCAGCUAGUUGUUAGCUUGUUGUUAGCUGCGGCCAGAUUUGCUGCAGACUGCUCCUCCGGUUUGGAAGUCAUUGUUCACACGCGGAAAAGUUCUUCGGAAAAAGAAGGGGAAAGAUCAUGCAACUUUGUUACGCUGCAAAUCGUGUAGAGCGAAUAUUUAUUGGGUUAAAUUAUUGUUUGAAUGCAUUAUGAGUUGAUCAGUAACACUGGAUAUAUAACAAAGUAUUUAGAGUCGAAGUCUUCCGGAUGCAUUUUACCUUCGAUUACUGUAUCUAUUGUGUUGUAGAAAGUAUAUUUACCAAGUGCGUGGUGUAGUAAGUGUUCAUAGUCACAGAGGCGUUUGUUUGAGUUAACAAACAUGGAUAAAAAGUCGUUUGACAUCGUUUUGGAUGAGAUAAAAAAGUGCGUCCUGACUGAUCAGCGCAUCAAGGCCAUAGAGCAGGUGCACGGGUAUUUCUCCAGUGAGCAGGUGAUGGAGAUACUGAAGUACUUCUCAUGGGCCGAACCUCAGAUCAAAGCAGUUAAAGCUCUGCAGCAUAAAAUGGUUGCAAUUCCUACAACCAAAGUAGCAAAUAUCCUGAAUUGCUUCACCUUCUCAAAGGACAGACUGAUUGUACUGGAACUGAUAGCUUUGAAUAUAUCAGAUGCUCAGAAUUAUCGUCCUGUGGAGGAUUUGUUUCGCAUACACCUGUCUGAGAAGAAACGAGCUCGCAGGAUAUUGGAGCAAGUGUGUAAGGUUGGCUGUAAGGCUCCUGUAGCCAUGAUCUCCUCCUGUGGUAUGAUACCCGGGAAUCCAUACCCUAAAGGUAGACCCAGCCUGGUCACUGGCACGUUCCCUGGAAUCCCUCCGGCAAAAAAAGAAGGAGAUAAGAAAGAUGAUGCCUCUAACAGUAUAGAUGGGAAAGGAAUUGCUUCUCGGAUAAUUGGACCCUUCAAGCCUUUUCCUUCAACUUACAACCCUCAUCGGCCUGUGCCCUACCCUAUACCACCGUGCCGACCCCAUGCUACCAUCGCACCUAGUGUGUACAACAACGCAGGCCUUGUGUCUGUGGGAGGGGUUAUAACAGCCAGCGUGGCCCCUCCCCCCUACAACUUCACCCACAAAGUAGCAGGUUAUGCCAAACCAGGCAAUCCGCAUCACACCACACCUGGAGUCAACAGUGGACCCCUCCUCAUCCCUCAUGGGUCCACGCCUUCUACACCAGUCCCACCCCAGGCCUCUCCUGCUCAGCAUCCUCCUACAACUCCCAUCACACCAGUUUUCCCUGGCAUGGUUCCCUCUCACCACCCCAAUGCCCCCUCUCCCUCUCCGUCCCCUUCUCCAUCCCCAUCCGUCAUUAGAGCAGGGCCACAGACACCCAGUGGUCACACUACACCAACACCCUCAUCUGUUAUUAAAGCCCACACCCCGUCUGGCACUCCUUGUGGAACUCCUGUCCACUUCUCUUCUUCCCCCUACCAUGCUCUUUCUCGACCAGGCACCCCUGCCACCUCCCGCGGCGGCCCAGACCCCCUGACUCAGACAAACUCCAUGGGUUCAACUCAUCACAAGAUUUUUCAUCAGUCCACAGAUCACCAGUCAGGACUCGUCUUCUCUGGCAUACAGCCACAAGCAGGUAACCCAUCUGGGUCAGUGAUAAGAAGUUACACCCCUUCUGGACCACAAUCUCUUACUCCUGGAUCAUCCACUCCUAUAAUUCCAAGCUGUUCCACCCCAGGCCCCAAACCCGCUCAUUCUGCACAGGCUCAGGCUGCCAUGGCUAUGGCUGGAUCACUGAACAGACACCACGGGGGUAGCAGCAGUGGCAGUAACAGCCCUGUGCACUCUGCUUUCAAGGGCACCUCUCGUUCUGGCACGCCGUCUCUUAGCUCUUUGGUGGUCCAAGGUUCUGCACAAGCUGCACUGGCACGUUCUUUGGGUCUGUCACACCCAUCAGGUUCCCCUCAAGUCUCUCUCCCUAGUCCUGUUGCUAUCGCCGGCCUCCAAGCUCUGUCCUCCAGUCAAGCUGCCGCUCAUUACCCGGGCCUGUCCCCUUUCUCCUCCCUUUCUUCCUCUCUCUCUCCUUCCACCAUGUCUGCAAUGCCCCCCAAUAGUAACAUUUCUAACCACCCACCAACCUCCAUCUUCCCUGGCUUGGUUACCAACGCUGCCUCCAGUGUAGCCUCCCCUUUUGGUCUAGGCCUCACCUCUGCCCCUUCUUUAUUCCCAGGCCUUCCGCCUGGCCCUGGCCCCGCUGCCUACCCUGGACUGGGUGUGUCAGGGGGGCAUGGUGCUGGGAGUCCCGUAUUGUCUUCAUUCAUGGGACUUCCAGGCGCCACACCAUCUUCAAUAGCAUCAGUGGCGCCACUACAGGCGGCAGCAGCGGCAGCAGCGGCAGCAGCAGCAGCGGCGGCAGCAGCAGCUGGGGUUCCAUCGUCAUCACCAGUUUUACCUGGUUUUGCAUCCGCCUUCAGCUCCAAUUUCCAGCCUGGGAUGGGUAGUGGACUCCAGCCUCCAGGAAGCAGUGGAUUCCCCAGCUUGUUGUCCUUCCCUGGUGUACCAGGCUUCUCUCCCUCUGGCUCCCCUGCCACGCUUGGUGGCCUCCACAACCCGGCCAUGCAGUCGGCCUUGUUGCAGGCUCAUCCUGUGUCUGGUUUAGAGGGCUUUCCUCCUCAGCCCAACAGUUUCAACUACCCUCCAGGCCCAGGAAACCCCUUCCCCCUCCAGCCAGGUCUGCACCCCCAGCUGGGCUGGCAGUGAAACCCACCACUCACUUCGGAACUUGAUUAGACUUACAUGCUGACCUACCCUGUUCUAUGUUUUGGCCUUGAACCCUACAGAGCAGUAGACGAGAGAUAAAGAGUGUUUCAAUACAAUGUGUGUCAGAGCCAGAAUGAGUUUACUACGACCAGGAACACUACCUUGAAAUCAGUUGAAAUAGUGUACAGGGGAGAGAAGGUUUAUUUGUUACUUUAUUCCUAGUGAACAGUUGUAAAUAUCAGUUGCCAAAGUUGGUUUUUAGGUUUUACAUGUAGACUGUGACUGGUUUUAACAUUAGCUGGACUUGGCUGUUUUUAAUGAAGAUUAUCACCUUUUAUUAGUGAAUAAUGAAUUCUAGGAAGAAAUGAAAAUUGUACAUGAUAUGUAAUGACUUCACAUGUAGUAUUUUAUGUUCAUUCUCAGUAGAGAAAACCUAUGAUACUGAUACUGAGAACCCUGAAUUGAAUAUUGUAUUAUGACAUUAACUCUGACUUGUGUCACAUUUUAAAUCGGGAACACCAUGAAUAUUUGAAGCCCUUGUUUUGUGUCAAAGCCGGGAGUAUUGUGUACAAAACCUGCAUUUGGCAGCUCCGCUCAUGUGUUAUUUUCAGUGAACACUCACUUGUGGCUUUCUGCAGUUUACUGUGAAUAAUUUUUUUUAAUAUGUUUACAAAGUUUUUCUUUUGACAGAUCUAACGGUAAUAGAGCUGUUGUUACAGGAUAUGACCAGACAUACUGUAUGCAGAGAUUACUGACAACAUCUGGAAGUAUUUGUAGAAUGAUAUGUGGAACUGAGAAUAUACAGUAUAAUGACUGCAUUCCUCAGCAAUGCUUUGCAAAUGAAUACUGUAAUUUUUUAAUUCACUGUACACCUCAGUACUCAAACUCACUGAGGUUCACACGAAAAGUGAUAUUUUUUGUUGUUACAUUGUGUUGUUUUCUUUUCUCUUUGUGUUUCCUGUUUUUAUUAAUUUGUCAGUAAACUGCUGGUUGCUGUA